UCAACGCUCAGUCAAGGUUGCAUAGAAAUUUCAUACACACACAAAUUUCUAAAAAUGAUUUCAUACUUGUCUUGGCUGGUAAUAAGUUUUCUCUGCCUUGUCAGCUUCUCGGCAGCUCAAGAAGAUCAUGGCGUUUCUACGGAUGUGAAUACACUCAAAUUCAAUUAUUUCGGGAGUGACAACUCUCCAGUUGAGAUAACGUAUGGAAAUUUGGAUUCCUUAAAUGCCUCUAAAUUCCUCCAUUCUCGUCCAACAACUCUGAUUAUUGACGGAUUUUUAUCCACCUACCCGUCAAAUAUGUCCUUGGCGAUGACAAAAUCUCUCGAAAAUUGUCAUCGGUUCGAAACAGAAAACGCAAUCGUGCUAGAUUGGGGAUCGAUGUCCGGGGGUCGUUCCCCUCUCCUCGGGGGCAACUUGACACAAGCAAUGGCAACCCUUUAUCCACUCGCGGUUGCAAAUAUUUCUCCUGUGGGUCAAAGGGUGGCGCAGUUUUUAGACUUUCUGCGCGUGAAUGGUCACAUCAAUUGGAACAUGGUUCAUAUUGUUGGCCACAGUUUGGGAAGCCAUAUCGCCGGCAUGGCUGGCAAAUAUGCCACGUCACAGUAUUCCUCCAUAAUUGGAAGAAUUACGGGAUUGGACCCCGCCAACACGGCGGGACUACCGCUACCUCUCGUAAUCCAAAAGCUUGAUGCUGACUUGGUCGACUUGUAUUAUACGAACAGUGGGGGAAUGGGCGACACUCGGACGGACGCGGGAGAUUUGAUCGUUUACGUUAAUGGUGGAAACAACCAACCUGUUUGCCCAGAGGAAGAAUUAGUUCCAGGAUAUUGCAGUCAUUCAUACUCCUGGAGGUUUUACUCUGACACAAUCUCCGUAAAACAGUCGGGUUGCCCGUGCUCCACCACGACCCCGGGAAACGCACCGAGCUGUUUUUGCAAGACUAGUUGUGACGAUGCCUGCAGCGUGGGACCGGCCAGUUUAGGCUAUAUUCUUACCCCGGGGGUAAAAGGUCUUUACCACGUCACUGUUAAAGAAGUUAGUGGUAAAGGUGAAGUCUUAAAGCCGGGACUGUACCAAGCCCAAAUUUUCGUUAUUGUUAUGGGAAUGCUGUUACACAAGAUUAGAAUGAAAUCCUAUCCAUGCCAACCAAGUGAAUGUCAUUCAGGAUCAGUUGUAUUAUACACUCAUAGAAAACUGGUAUUAAAUCAUUACCGACUGGAGUACAUAUACAUAUUAACGGGAAUAACGGAUCAGUAAUGUUAUAGCAAUGAAAAAUUUACAAUAAAAUUUAAAUAAAUCACUACCAAUCCGGUAACAAGUUA